UGCAGCGAAGAGGCGACGCGCCGGGAAGCUAUCGGAUAGCUAGAGACAAGCCGGAAUCAAAACACUACUUCAGGGCCUGUAUCCACGUUCACCCUUUACAUUUCGGCGCAGGGGGUGACUAGGUGUCUGCAAAGUGAUUUCCAGGGACUGGGGACUUGCAAACGCUUGUUUAUGCGAGCAAAGUGAGUGUUUUGGCCUUGACAACUUGGCUAGCGUUAGGCCCAGCUAGUGCUAACGUUAGCCGUGGAGCUCACUUUUCGCUAGCAAAAGCAAAACAAGGAAUGAGUGAUGACUUCUGUGGUAGUGUCAGACGGUGGAGGGAACAUAGUGGAGUAUGUCACUGUGGUGGAGGAGCCCCAGCAGUGCGAGCAGCAGCCCACUGAGGAGGAGGAGGAGGAGGAGGAGGAAGAAGAGGUGGUUCAGCAGGAAGUGGAGGCGGUGAUCGUGGGUGGGGAAGAGGUGGAGGGAGAUGUGGAGGAGGAGGAAGGUGUGGUGCUGCAGGAGGAGGGCUGUCCAGCCGUGAUCGUGGAGGAGGUGCCCAGUGCCCAGGUGGAGGAGUGCUACUCAGCACAAGUCCUGGUGUACGACGAUGAGACGUACCUGAUGCAGGACGUGGCUGAGGAGCAGGAGGUGGUUACAGAGGUGGCUGAGACGGUGGAGAUGUCGGGUCAUGACAUGGUGUGUUUUGACAAAACGUUUGAAGCAGCUGAGGCGCUUCUCCACAUGGAGUCUCCGGGAGGAUUGCACAAUGAACGCAACACAGCAGAGGAUGUGAUGAUGGAGACGGUGGUGGAGGUGUCUACAGAGUGUGGGCCCAUCGAGGAGGAAUCCUUCCCCAUCCCUCCUGACUGUGAACCUGCUGCCAAGAAGAAGAAAGGAGGUGGACGCAAGCCCAAGACACACCAGCCUGCUUCAAACGGCUCCUUUGACCUCGGGAUCAAGAAGAGAACGAGAGAGGGCAAAGGCAACACCACCUAUCUGUGGGAGUUCCUGCUGGAGCUGCUGCAGGACAAAAACACCUGCCCUCGCUACAUCAAGUGGAUGCAGAGGGAGAAGGGCAUCUUCAAACUGGUCGACUCCAAAGCCGUGUCCAAGCUGUGGGGGAAACACAAGAACAAGCCUGACAUGAACUACGAGACCAUGGGCCGAGCCCUGAGGUAUUACUACCAGCGGGGCAUCCUGGCUAAAGUGGAGGGGCAGCGACUGGCCUACCAGUUCAAAGACAUGCCCAAGAAUAUCCGGGUGAUAGAUGACGAGGAGGACGGGGAGGAGCUGGAGGACAGCGAGGGUGUUGUAUCUGGCCAGCACCCGGCUAACCAGCAUGGCCCUGCCAGCCUGGGCACCAACUCCCCUACUGCCAGCCAGCCUCAGCAGACCUACGUCACUGUCAUCCCCAGCAACGCCGCCACCAGGCCCAUCCGAGCCAUGCCAGUGGUCAUGACCAACUCCCUCGGUCAGGUGACGUUAAACUCCUCCCCCAUCCUCACCACCACAGGAGUCCCAGUAACGGUAGCCAACGCCUCUGCCGGCGCUCCCCCGAAACUGGUCAUCCAGGCCCUGCCCACAAUGCUGCCCGCGGGCUCCAAAGCCGGAGAGAAGAUCACCAUCAUCACCAUCCCCGCCAACCAGCUGGCCACGCUCAUGCAGGCCAACCCGUCAGGCCAGGUCACGCAGCUCAUCCAGGCUAAACCCGUCGCCACACAGUUAGCGCAUGCCGCCACCAAACCGGCCACCACCGCCCCUACGGUCCAGCUAACGGCGGGCCGGCCCACGCCGCAGCUCAUUCUGGCUAAACCGGCAGCGGUGGCCCAGCCGCUGCCGCAGCUCUCUGUCCAGGUCAGCCAGCCUCACCCUGCCCCGCCCAAAACCCCCACGCAGCCCCCGAAGCCCCCCAGCAGUCAGCCCCAAGCAGCACAAUCAGAGGUGGCAGCAGAGGCUCCGCCUCCCUCCAGCCCGCCAGCAGCAGCAGAAAGCAGCUCGUCCUGAGUGCUCCGCCCUGAGCCGGGGCCCGGGGGGGCAGGAAGUGACUGUGGACACUGCUGAGGAAGUGCAGGACACAUCCCGCCCCCCGUCACAGAGCAGAGCUGCUCUCUGAUUGGCUCAAACGGUCAGCCUGCUCUCAGGGUGCAGCUGCUGAAGCCCCACACAGGAUGAAAGGGACUCAUGUACAAACACACACACACACACACACACACACACACACACACACACACACACACACACACACACACACACACACACACACACUCACUCAGAGAGAAGACAUGGGCAGCCUUAGACUGUAAAAGAAAGAACUCCUUUUUGUAAUCAAAGGUAAUGUAAAGCCUGACGGGACUUUGUUGUAAACAUGUGUACAAAGCAUUUUUUGAUACUCAGCAGCAGGUAUGUAUCAGUCCACACGUAGUUUGACUUCAUGUGUUUGUUUGCUCUUUGUUUCAGUCUGCAGAGUUCUGUUACUCCACCGCACUUUUUUACUGUUGAUAAAAAGGGAGUGAAAGGAUGUCUGCGUCCACAUUUCACAACUAAACGCUGUGCUCCACAUCUGAAGUAUAAUAUACUAUUUUUUCUUGUACUAUCAGUGUAUUGAAGUAGAUUUUACUGAAAUAUGUAUUAUAAAAAAAACAACAAUGUGAA